UCCGACACAAGCACAAGUUAGUCGGAUACCAUUGGCUUUUUGCAGACAGCCGGGUGUUACUCUUCACUUUGUGCAUCUAGAUCGAGAACUAGUGAAUACAAAUUUCAAGGAAGUUUCAGUGAUGGCAAAACAUCAUCCAGAUUUAAUAUUUUGUCGGAAACAACCAGGCGUUGCUAUCGGUCGUUUAUGCGAAAAGUGUGAUGGCAAAUGUGUCAUAUGCGAUUCGUACGUGAAACCUUGCACUUUAGUGAGGAUUUGCGAUGAAUGUAACUAUGGGUCAUACCAAGGACGCUGCGUUAUAUGUGGAGGUCCUGGUGUCAGUGAUGCAUAUUACUGCAAAGAAUGCACUAUUCAAGAAAAAGAUAGAGAUGGAUGUCCGAAGAUUGUCAAUUUAGGAAGUGCAAAGACAGAUUUGUUCUAUGAAAGAAAAAAAUAUGGUUUCAAAAAGAGGUAGCCAUUUGUUUCUUUCAUUUCCCAUCAAGUCAUUAUCCAUGUGGUAAAUGUUAAAAAUUGUAUGAGAAAUACACGAUGACUUUUCUUUA